UGGCUGUGGCCGGGCGAUUUCCGGGUUAGUGCCGCUGGGAAUUGUGGGAAGCCAACCCAUAAUAGUCUUCUCGUGACGUCCGAAGAUGGCUGACAGGAAGAAGUCGGACGACUUUUCUCUGGUUCCAAGGAGCAUUUAUCCUGAAAACCUAGCAGAUAAAGAACUUCCAGUGCAGCUCCAGACCACUAUGAGUAUGACUACUGACAGAGAGGUACCAGGUGAUGUGUCUGUGAACCAGUUACCUGGCAUUGGGGAUGAAGCAAAACUGACUUUCCAUGGAGAUGAAGGUGAAGUACACAGAGGGGCAGUUAACACCUGGACUUGGCCAGCUAUUGGUGUGAAAGAAGAUUCUCCUUUUGGCAACAUUCACCUUGGAACAGCCAAUUUCAGCAGAAUAAUAGACAGCCAUACUGACUCCAUCAAACUGUAUAGCUCUGCGAAAUCUCUGGACACAACAGACAACCAGGGAAGGGAUCUGAAAGCUGGAAAUUUGGGUGUAGACGAGUUACAUACUGUACUUGUCCCUGGUGGGGAAGGAAAAAGGGAUCCGUGCAGGAAGAGAUCAUUUGAUAACGGUACAGAUAGUUUGAUGGAACUAGAGCCAAAGAAAUAUAAGCAUGACAGUCAAACUACUGAAGAUGACAUUCAUGUCUGUGAAAUGAAGACUAAUAGACCUCAUGGAAUGGUAGGGUUACAUCAGACAAUCUCAGUGAACAAGAGCCAGAAUGUUAUUAACGAUGGUUCAAAAUCCAUGGGACAAGAGUCCAAGUCAGAUUCUAAAGAUGAUGAGAACAGUAGGUGUGAAUAUGAAGAUAUAGCAACAAGUUGUUGUCAAAACAGCCUUCAAGAAGAGACAGGAAUGGUAGACACAGACAGACAUGUACCUGCAACUGUCUGUGGAAAAGGUCAUCUGGAUGCUGAGGUUAGUAGGGAAAUGUCAGACAAGAUCAAUAAGCCAUGCAUGCGAGAGGAUGAGAUAACAAACUCAUCUAGUGGAAAAGUGGCAAAUGUCUCAGCAUCAAAUACAACACAGGAUGAGAGUUGCCUCCAUUUGUCAUGUGACGUACUUGAACAAUCAUGUGGCAUCAAUGUUCCACCUUGCACCAGUAUUGGUAUUGGUGUCACCAGAAUGAAAGCUCAGAGUCUACAGAAAGAAGAAUGUGGGACAGAGAAUGGAGCAACAAGCAUAUGUGACACUGAUGAAAGAUCUGGAGACAAUUCCGUAGUCCCAACCCAUCCUGGAAGGGCAGGUCAUAUUGAUGAUGAAAAUGAUGGUCCCACUGCUGAUGAAGAUGACAUGUUUGUUUCCUGUGGUGAGGAUGCAGAGACAGACCCAGGCAUAAUCCGCUCACAGCGUCUUGUGAUCAAUGAAGAAUAUGUGCCUGGGAAAAGUGAAGAAGUUGAGAAGAGACUUUUUGUUACAAAUAGCAGCAAUUUUAGGGAGUCAGACCUGUCAGAAGGACUAGUCAACAAGGAUGAGAUAUCGGUUACCACUUGUGUAACACCAGCUCUCAUACUUAGCCCCUCACUUUCUUUAUGUCAGAAUGAUAUCUCUAGCUAUAGCCUUCCAGCCAAACAAGAGAACAAACUGAAUGUGACAGAACUAGAUGAUACCAUGAUGGAAAGUAAUGGCACUGAAAUUCCAUCUCCUUUUGCAUGCCAAUUUCCUUCAGAAAAAGAGCAGCAUAAGGCUAUGACUGACAUGACAAAUGCAAAAGACAACAGUGCUUUAAACAAGUUUCCACAAUAUCAUGACAAUCCAGUAGAGAGGUCACUGACAACAACCGAAAGCUAUUUCUUUAAAAUGUUGGGGCACAACAGCAGAAACACUGUUGACUUUCAAGAAGAAAGGAAAACAAAUCCUGGAGUCGCCUUUUCUGACCAGACAAGUAUUCCUGAUGUAUGUUUGUUAGAUGCAGAAAUGGAAAGGCACUACUUAAACCCCAAACAAAAUGAGAAAGUAGCAGAUGUCACCAGUAACUCUUCUGAGAAAGUCUCAAAUAUCAUAGACCUCCUCCUUUCUAUGGUUGUUAAAGAGGUCUCUGUCAAAGACAGUGAAGACAUGGAAACUAACUGUCGAGAGACAAGUUCAAGUGUCACUUCCAAUGAAAAGAGGGAUUUCCAUGUUAGGGCCACUGUGUAUCCGUCAGAAGUAUGUGUGAAAAGUCCACGUCUGCAUGUUCAAGUCAUGGAGCAGAUAGAUGAGUUACCUGAGGUGGAAGAACACGAGAGCUGUGUUUGUACCAAGAGAAAGGGAAGAUGGGAAUGUGUAUGUACUACUGAUGAUGAUACUGAUAGUGUCUAUGAUGGAGAAAUGUCUACACCACUGGAGAUGUUGCCUACUCCAGAUUGUUCUCAGCCAGACAGUAGCAUUUACUCCAAGGUAGAACACUUGCUCUGUUGUAUGGAAUCACUCCCAUUGGAUGAAACAGACGAUGAACAUGACAUUCCUAUGCUCACUGCUGGUCACUGCCCAGUUUCUCCUCUGGAACAUUUCUCAAGUAGUCCUGAACACACACCCCUACACAGGCGAUCUCUGAUGGGAGCAUCUGAUGAGUUGAGACCAAGCUGGACAGGCAUCAAAAUAGAGCAAUGGGACAGUCCGUCUAGGGAAGAAUCUAAAGAGAAGGCAAUAGAGGAGAAUUCAAUGGACACUUCCCCAGUGCUUGAUGAACAAUCUUACAAAGUGAAUGUGGAUGAUCAA